AUGGUGAUGGAAGAAGCUUCAACUUCAAUACUCUCUACUCAAAUUUGUAAGAUCGUUUUAACAAUUUCCUCCAUUGAAAUCCAAGAUGAACAUGUUUCAAAUCUCACUGGUCAUCCUGUUCUCCUCCGUGGUUUUCAAAGCUUGAGAGAGGAGCACAAUCUUGCUUUCGGGGUCAUUUCUGUUGUUCGGAUGGUGCUGGUCGAAAUGGUGCAUGGGACUGGUAAUGUUGCAGCUUUUAUGCCUACUUGCACACAUCAUUGUCAAUCCUCGCUUGCUUCAUUGGCAGAACCAAUGGCAGGAUACAAGGAAAAAACGCAUGCAUACCCAGAGUUCGAGGAAGGCGGGGACGGUGGCGGACCGUCGGAAUGUGACGGUAAAUACCACUCUGAUGACGACACUAUUGUGGCGCUUUCGACCGGGUGGUUUAACCACCAAAAGAGGGGUAAGAAGUAUAUGAAAAUCCAUGGUAAUGGAAAGAGUGUGAGGGCUAAGGUUGUCGGUGAAUGUGACUCUACACGGGGAUGUGCUCCUUGUCCUUACAACAUCAUUGACGCCUCGAAAGCGAUAUGGAAGACUCUUGGUGUUCCUGAGAGCGAUUUGGGCGAAAUAGACGUCUACUGGUCCGACUCUGAUUGA